GAGCGUUCGCCUGGACUACUCCACGGCAGCCCAGGGCUUUGACAUCACUCGACAGAUGUUGGAGGCGCGGAUCCCCACCUUGACCGAGGAACAAAGGCUGGGCACUGGUCGCGACGACCGGCCCGGGCAAGCGAACACUUUGAUCUUUGCCAUCAAACUGAGCCGCCCGGUGGAGCACUGGGCACCGC